UGCAUCUUUCGGAUCAGUUUAUCGCCUAUAUCGCCUACACAUGGAUCAGUUUAUUGAAAGCCUACAGGACAAGGUUCACAACAGGAAAUGGUGGACAGCUCGUUGGUUACACGAUUUGUCGACGAAAACGGAGAUCGAUGAGGAUACGCUUUCAAAAGCCAUCGCUGGAGUCGUGUUCGUGAUUUGUGCAUGUACUAAACAGGCCAGACUAGUUUGCAAUAGCAUACUCAUUGCCGUGCCACUGAUAUUUACAUUUGGAUAUCCUAAAGAAGCUGCGUCUAAAGAUGAGAUGGUUAUCUAUUGGGGCUGUUUCGGUGUGCUCACUAUCUGCGACACUGGAUUCGAAAAAGUUCCACUAUACUAUGACAUAAAACUCCUACUCGCAUUGUUGCUGUUUGUGGACCCUCCAAAGUAUAUCAAUGUACUCAAGGAGCUAAUUAAUGGAAAAAAUACGGAGGAAAGCCGCAUUUUCAACAAAAACGAAAUGGAUACUCUACUACAAACACACUCACCGCGUCCUGAAAAGCCAAGCGAUAGCGCCGGCAAACGUGCCACUUUAUCGGGACGGAGGAAGGGAGAAAGCGAUGCAGGCGCAGAGCGGGAACAUACGGGUGCUACCGGAAAAGAUCGCGAGAGUAAGAACGUGCCUAGUGAAAGGACGAGAAUAUGUGGAAUGGAGCCUGCGACAACAGAACCAUCAGGACCUCCAUGCAGCUGCGAGCCUGGAUCGACAUGCAAGUGUAAAAAUGGAAGACCGCCAUGCGUGUAUGUCGUCUGGACAUUAUCUGCGAGUGCAAGCCAUUAUGCUUGUGUAAAAUCGGGACCGUUUGCCAGUGCAAAGAAGGUCAACAAGGAUGCAGAUGUCACAUUUGCCAAUGUCAGCCCGGAUCUGUUUGUAAAUGCAGAGUUGGAAGAAGACCUUGCCUGUGUAAACCCCGACAAAUAUGUCGAUGUAAAGUCGGACAGACUGGAUGUAAAUGUUUCCAACAAGCCGCUUGCAACUGUAAGCCAUUGUGCACAUGUGAAGGCGGUGCUGUUUGUCAGUGCACAGACCGUAACUGCUGCAGUUGUCACAUCUGCUUAUGCCAACCAGGUUCCGUCUGUAAAUGUAAGAAUGGCAAACCGGCGUGCUCCUGUGAACCUCAUAAAGUUUGUCGAUGCGAAGUCGGAAAGGAUGGAUGUAAAUGCCCUCUGGACGUUAUGUGUAAGUGCAAGCCAGUUUGCGCCUGCAUCCCUGGCAUUAUAUGCGAGUGUACGGAGGAUAUAA